AUGGCACCCAAGCGCAAGCCGAAAGACGAGACGCCCACCGAUGGCGAGUCUGCGCCGAAGCAGCCGAAGAAGCCGCGCGGAACGGGCGCAGAGAAGGGUGCAUGGACUGAUCCCGAAAUCAUCACUGCGCUGUUCAGCGUGCUGGCGUAUCAGGACGUGAAGUUGACCAAACCGCAGCAGCAAGCCAUCGGCGAGAAGCUAGGGCGCAGCGCGAACUCAGUCGGAUGCUGGUGGUACCAGAAGGCACAGACGCAGAUCAACGCCGCGCGCGCUGAGCUCACCGGCGACGCCAAGUCCGCGGGCGACACCAAGCCCUCGUCGUCGUGA